AACGUAGACUUGGGAGCGGGCGGGAGAGGAGUGGGGAGCGCGGCUGCACGGCCCUGGCCGGCCCUGCGAGGCGGCGAUCGCUGGGAGGAGGAGGAACAGGAGGAGGAGGACUGCAGAGGCGGAGGGAUCUGCUCACCAGAGCCACCCAGGCCAGCAAAGUUUGGUUAGGGGUUGGACUUUCCUUCCCGGAGGCGGCACCCAAACAGCUACCCCGUGCGGAAACCUAAACUUUCUACUGCCACUCCGAGUCUCGCGGCCGCCGCCUCCGCCCCGCGCGCCCGGGGCCUGUCCGUCAGUCCAUCGGUCCUCGUGGAGCUGCUCCGGCGCCGCCGUGCUCCCGAUCCCCGCAGUGGGAGCGCUGCGGCCCCGGCCUGGACGCCGGGGCAAGUUCUCCAGAGUUAGACGCGAAGUUCGGGCGCGGCGUGGGCCGAGCUGCCCCUGUGCGCCCCCGGCGUCCCUAGUGCGCUCAGUCCCGCCGGGGGCGCCGGUGACCCUCCCGUGCCAGCCAUGUCGUCCAUCCUGCCCUUCACCCCGCCGAUCGUGAAGCGCCUGCUGGGCUGGAAGAAGGGCGAACAGAACGGGCAGGAGGAGAAAUGGUGCGAAAAGGCGGUCAAGAGCUUGGUGAAGAAGCUCAAGAAGACGGGGCAGCUGGACGAGCUGGAGAAGGCCAUCACCACGCAGAACGUGAACACCAAGUGCAUUACCAUCCCCAGGUCACUGGAUGGCCGGCUGCAAGUGUCCCAUCGGAAGGGGCUUCCCCAUGUUAUCUACUGCCGCCUGUGGCGCUGGCCCGACCUGCACAGUCACCAUGAGUUACGGGCCAUGGAGCUGUGUGAGUUCGCCUUCAACAUGAAGAAGGACGAAGUGUGCGUCAAUCCCUACCACUAUCAGAGAGUAGAGACACCAGUUCUACCUCCAGUGUUGGUGCCACGCCAUACCGAGAUCCCGGCCGAGUUCCCCCCGCUGGAUGACUACAGCCAUUCCAUCCCUGAGAACACUAACUUCCCCGCUGGCAUUGAGCCCCAAAGCAAUAUUCCAGAAACCCCACCUCCUGGCUACCUGAGUGAAGAUGGAGAAACUAGUGAUCACCAGAUGAGCCACAGCAUGGAUGCAGGCUCUCCAAACCUAUCCCCGAAUCCGAUGUCCCCAGCACACAAUAACUUGGACCUACAGCCAGUGACCUACUGUGAGCCGGCCUUCUGGUGCUCCAUCUCCUACUACGAGCUGAACCAGCGAGUUGGGGAGACAUUCCAUGCCUCACAGCCAUCCAUGACAGUGGAUGGCUUCACUGAUCCCUCCAACUCUGAGCGCUUCUGCCUGGGCCUGCUGUCCAAUGUCAACCGGAAUGCAGCUGUGGAACUUACAAGACGGCACAUUGGGAGAGGUGUGCGGCUCUACUACAUUGGAGGGGAGGUCUUUGCAGAGUGCCUCAGUGACAGUGCUAUUUUUGUUCAGUCACCCAACUGUAACCAGCGCUAUGGCUGGCACCCUGCCACCGUCUGCAAGAUCCCCCCAGGCUGCAACCUGAAGAUCUUCAACAACCAGGAAUUUGCUGCCCUCCUGGCCCAGUCUGUCAACCAGGGCUUUGAGGCCGUCUACCAGUUGACUCGCAUGUGCACCAUCCGUAUGAGCUUCGUCAAAGGCUGGGGAGCAGAGUACAGGAGACAGACAGUGACCAGUACCCCUUGUUGGAUCGAGCUGCACCUAAAUGGGCCCUUGCAGUGGCUUGACAAGGUCCUUACCCAGAUGGGCUCCCCCAGCAUCCGCUGUUCCAGUGUGUCUUAGAGAUACUAGGAGUGG